CCUCCCUAGGCCCGGAUGUUGCGGCUUCGCCGCGGGCAGAGGCAGCUGUGUUCAGGACUCGGUGUUCUGACCUCUGCUCGGCUUCCUUUUGGCGCCGAGAUGCCUAAGAAGGCUGGUGCGACGAACAAGGGUAAAAGCCAGAGCAAGGAAUCAGAGAGACCACUUCCUUCCUUAGGUCCUGUGGCAGUUGAUCCUAAAGGUUGUGUCACCAUAGCCAUCCAUGCCAAACCUGGCUCCAAACAAAAUGCUGUAACAGAUCUGACAGCUGAAGCUGUAAAUGUAGCUAUCGCAGCACCUCCAUCAGAAGGCGAGGCUAAUGCUGAGCUCUGCCACUAUCUUUCCAAGGUCUUAGAACUCAGGAAGAGUGAUGUGGUUCUGGAUAAGGGUGGUAAGUCUCGUGAAAAGGUAGUAAAGAUUUUGGCCUCCACAACUCCAGAAGAGAUCUUGGAGAAAUUACAAAAGCAAGCUGAAAAUAAAUAGAGGCAAGAAAUGAAAAAUAUAUCCUUGAGAAACUUUUUUAUUGAUAAUGACAAAGAGGCUGUUAAAUAGAAAAGCAUAUUUAAAUUCACAGAAAAACAUGGAAAUAUUUUUUUAAUAAAUAUUCAGAAGACUCAAAAAAGAAGUACAAAUUCAAGAAGUACUGUGUAUGGAAUACAGGUUUUUUUAAAUUCCUGACCCAAAACAGCUUGGAGCAUGAGAGUCUGAUUUCACUGCAUUACAAAAUAACGGAUCUGGAAAGGAUAUUCAUGAUGGCCUGAUUUAACCACUUUUGUUUUGUGACCGAAGACCAAACCAAACUCGUUACUGUCGAGUCAAUUCCAACUCAUAGUGACCUUAUAGGACAGAGCAGAACUGCUACAUAGGGUUUCCAAGGAGCAGCUGGUGGAUUCGAACCACUGAUCUUUUGAUUAGCAGUCAAGCUCUUAACCACUGCACCACCAGGACUUUCAUUUUGUGACAGGACUUCUAAUAUCCAGAGGUUGAGAGACUUUUCAAGAUCUCACUGCGCAAGAUGGAACCAGAACCAGAUCCCUUGAUUCCUAAUUGAAUGUAGUUUAUCCUGACUGUAAGUUAUAAUGAUAAUAUUUCCAUUCUUGCUGUACUUGUUUCUGGAAUUUUGAGGAUUGCCUUCUAAUCUAGUUUACAAGUGACAGAAUAAAACCCGUCACACUGC